GUAUCCAAAGAUUCGCAAAUGCUCACGGAUAGCAGAGGUAAAUUCAUCUACGUAGGGGAUUCAGCGUCUCUAUCCUUUCUAGGGUCGGUGAGAAGCACGUUACGGGCUGCUGUAGGGCCAUGCCCCUUUACCAAUGAGCCUGCUCGGAAUCCUAUGUUAGAGACCACCCCGAAAAUACGCUUUGAGAUGGUCCGAGAGCCAUCAAUAGAUCUAGCCACCCCCCAGAGUAUUGCAAAAGAGUUUUUCCUUGCUGUAAGCGGGAUAUUGGACUUCUUCGACCCACCUUGGCUGCUAGCCCAGUUGCAGGACUGGGCCGAACAACCCUCACAAAUGACAAAGGCCAAGUCUGCCAUCAUCCACCUGGCCCUCGCCAUAGGGUUCCAAGGCAGAGCUCACGGCGACUUAGACGAUCUACUUUCUGAGCAAUGCUUUGCCUUCGGGCGCCAACUUACCAUGUUCAACCUCAUAGACGACCCCAGCCUGGCGACCGUCCAGGCAGUUAUAUUAAUCACUUAUCACAUGAUAGCGGCAUGCCAGUAUAACGCCGCCUUUAUAAAUCUCGGCAUCGCUGCCAGGGCGGCCUAUACACUUGGAAUUCAUCUCCAUGAGACGAAUAAGGCCUUCGGCGGCGAGGAAGGCCUAGCUAGAGAGCGUGCUUGGAAGUCAUUGCGAGUAUGUGAUCUAUUCCUGGCGGCUUCUCUAGGGAGACCGCCUGCGACGACAGAGGCUGUAUCAAACAUUGCCUGGGUGCCACUCAAAUCCUCGCGUGACUACGAACGCCCCGACGUGGCGGGACAAGUCUUCUCAGCGAUGUUUAGGAUCUGCAAUGUUUUUGAGCGAAUACUGGUCGAAGUUUAUGCAGAAAAGGCUAUAAGCCUUGAGUUGGCCAGAAGUAUCUCCCAGCAGCAUAGACAAUGGACCGAAGAGUUGCCGCGAAUGCUGAUGGUUGAUGGGAUUGAUGAACCAGACGCAGAGCAAAAUCACGGUGCAUCUCCGAGAAGCUUUUGUCUGUCUCCAAAACAAGGCUCAUGCAUCGUCACGUUGGCAUAUUAUUAUUCUAUUGUUCUGCUUACGAAGCCUUUUCUGACCUUCCGGGUCCACCAUGCCUCGGGUAAGGAAUUCUCAAAAAGCGAGAGUUCUGCUAUCAUGAUCAGCCUCGCUACCUACGCUGACGCUUGCGUCAACUCUGCUAUAAAAGGCAUCGACAUUGCUUACGAGUAUGUCUUCGAGCUAAACUCCCCAAGCCGGCAACCUAUUGUUGUCAAUAUCGUGUUUAUAUCAGCAUUAUGUCUAGGCCUUGCUUAUCUAGACAAUUCUGGUCGUCAUACCUGGCCCGUGAAUCCGUUGCUAAAUCGAGCAAUCAAAAUACUGGUCCAUCUUGGAAAACUAAAUCCACAAGCUUCCAGAUUUGCUGGAAUCUGCGAACAGCUAAAAGAAGCAGUCGCCAUCUAUACAAUGAGAAGGGAUAACAAUUUGCUUUCGGAAAAUGACAAAGUAGUCCGAAGUAUCUUCGGAGAUCUUCGGGCU